GAGGCGUGUGGGCAGUGCUGCUGAUGUUAAAUACAGACAACGGGAUUACAAUUGGAUAGUUUGCACUGGUAACAGACGGUUUUCCCGUUCGGAAAAAAAGCACCAAAUUAAAUUAAAACAAAUACUGUUAAAAUGAAUAUUGUAUAUAACUAUAACUGGACAAAUAAUAAUUUGAUGUAACUCAGCAAAGGUAAAAAAUAUCAAUAUAUACAACUCUUCAUCAUUACUGAGUCGAUUCCAGGAGAAUCGGAUGCAAGGCAGGAACAAAAACUGGAUGGAACGCCAGUCCACUGUACCAUUCAUAAAAUAAACCCGGAAUACAUUCAGACAAGCAAGAAGAGAAGCUUGAGGUGAAAAAUACGAACAGAUGAAAACAACAUGAAGAGGAAAACGGCUACAUGGACCGAGGAUGCAACUCUUAUUUGCUUUCUGCUAUUCUCGUCGUCACCGUGUUUGCUUUGAAGUCUCAAGAACCGAAGAAACGACACAAAAUUGGAUUGUAUUUUAAAGGCAUGCGAUACUAGAAGAAAGCGUUAUGUUCAAAUCGGAAGAUAACGUGAUGUAACUUCAACAAAAAACAGGAUUCUCUAAGACUGUGGCGGGGUGAUGAACAAUCGUUAAAUCGACGUCGCCUGCCAAAUGAAGGCACAAGAACGACAGCUUCCAUGUUCAUCAGUUCAGAAUUGUGCUUUAUAGUCUGGCUACAAAAUAUCUGCUAGCUAAAGACAAGUAUAAAAGCCGCGGACUUGAGUGCUGAAGAGCGGCAUCCGGACGUCGCCUGCAGAAGUGCAGUACUGGUGGUCGAGAAACCUGGGAUCCCUCAGUGGCAGUGACACGCAGAAAGAUAAACGCUCUGUUGUUUGCCAUAAUGGAUAUCUCAAUGAGUCAAGGCCUUCUCAUUCUACUCCUUAUUCUGGUCCCAUUGCUCUAUGAGUGGAGUGCCACUUUUAAAUAUUUCUGCAAGAUGGCCUUCUACAAUGGCUGGAUCCUGACACUUGCCGUGCUGGCUAUCCCCAUCUGUGCAGUGCGAGGACGCAAUGUGGAGAAUAUGAAGGUCUUGCAAUUCAUGCUUCUGCACAUCAAGUACUUAUAUGGUAUCAAGAUUGACGUAAAGGGCUGGGAAAACUUCCCCGUGAAAGAACAAUAUGUAGUGGUAUCAAAUCACCAGAGCUCUCUUGACCUGUUGGGAAUGAUGGAAAUACUGCCAGGUCGUUGUGUGCCCAUUGCUAAAAGAGAACUCAUGUAUGCUGGCACAGCUGGAUUGGCCUGCUGGUUAGCAGGGGUUAUUUUCAUUAACCGGAAGAAGACUGAUGAUGCAAUCAGUGUGAUGUCUGAGGCAGCACAGACCAUGAUCAUGGAGGAUGUUCGAGUCUGGGUUUUCCCAGAGGGUACCAGAAAUCACGAUGGAUCAAUGCUACCAUUCAAACGAGGAGCAUUUCACCUUGCUGUGCAGGCCCAGGUUCCUAUAGUUCCUGUAGUAAUGUCGUCUUAUAAAGACUUCUACAAUAAAAAGGAGAGAAAGUUUACUACAGGGAGGUGUUCAGUUCGGAUUUUACCCCCGAUCAACACACGGGGCCUGUCCUCAAAUGAUGUCCCUGAGUUAGCUGACAGGACACGUGAGCUUAUGUUGUCUACCUUUCUUCAAAUUUCCAAUUCUUCCAGUUCUUCACAAAAUAUAGCCAAUGUCCCUGGCCAUCUGAUGAGGACCCAAAUGGAAGGAGACGCUACUCUGAUGAAAGCAUGAACAUGUCAUCCAAGAGACACUGGUGACGAUGGUGCACGAAACUAUACCAGAAAAGGGAGGAAAGAGGGGGAGGAGCUAAAGUAUUGAGAAGAGUAGUAAACUGGUCUACUCAUUUCUCAAGUGAUUUUCUCACAGGUGAAGAUAUGGGAGCCCUUCAUCAAAAGGGAACCCUCUCUAUCAGUGUGCACUCAUUUCAGUCAGCUUAUAUCAUUAAGUUAUUACUUAUUUUAAAAUUCAUUGUGUAUAAUGAUGAGGUGUAUUUCUUCCUAGUGAGGUGGACUAAAUUACUUGGUGCUCCCUCCCUUUGACUUGCAGAAAAUUAAAGGCAGCUGAAGUUUUGCAUUUGCCUGCCAAUGAAACCUGUUCCUUGUCUUGGUCUUUAUAAAGACACGAGUUUGCAAAUGCAUUCAUGUAGCAGUUCUUUUGCCCGUCCCAUUUAAUUGAUUUUUCAUCAGAUAAGUUACAUUUAGUUUCUUCAAGUCUGAACUGUUGCUUAGAUCCUGUGUAGCACUGUCAUACAAGAACCUCCUUCAAGUUAAUCCUCUUAUUUGGCAACAGGAAAUAAAAUCUGACUUAAGUGUUGUAUACUAAGUGGAUUUAGUGUAGUUAAAUAAACUGAAGCAUUCAGUUGAUGAGACACAGUAAGCUUAAAGCAAAGAAAGUAAACCUUAUGUUUUAUUAUUGGGCAAGCAAUACUAAGAGGACAAUAGUAAAUUGUGGUUAUCCUCUAAACCAACUGGGUAAUCUGUAGUAGUUUUUUUGUAAAAUGGAGGUGUAGUAGUAAAAUGGAAUGCACAAUGUGUUUUCUGUGUUUAACAGCAUUGUGGGUCUCUGCCUAGACAUAUCAAGCAAACAGUCCCUUUUCUUUGGCUCAUUUGGCCUUCACUGCACCUUAAGGAAUGCUUUGUGGUAAAUAGCACUUUUUCGCUUCAGUAAGCAAGCCUUGUAUAAGGCACAGUGUUUGAGCUUUGCUCUUAUACACAGUUGUAUCCAGCAGUACAGUCAAGAGGACUACACUGUAUGAUGAAAAGAAUGACAUCUGACAUGUUGUGGUGUACACAAUUACAUGGCUACUUUGGAGAAGAAGAAAACUGAAUAUCUCACUAGAUUUACUCAAAAUAUUUCUUGUAUAUUGUGACUUUCCUGAAUAGUUUGCAGUUUAGAAUUUUAGUUUUUUUAGGAAGUCAUUUUCAUUUUUAAAAGACUAUAAUGACAACGUAACAAUUUUUAUAAAAUUUUCCAGUUUCCUCAGUUACUUUUUGGCAGACAUCCUCUGUCUUUUGCAUAAACUUAUUUCUCUAAGAGUUGUGCCCUCCACAAAUAUUUAACAUUUUUCCAGGGACCAACACAACAUAUCUCCUAUUUACAGAGUAUCCUACUAAACAAAGAAUAAUGAAUAUUCAUAAUCAAUAUAGUAUGUUACUCUGUAAAGGCUAUAAUAAAAUGUUUUCCAAAAUAUUCUGAUACUAUACUAUUCAUGUUACAACAGGAAAACUGAUUUCUGGUUUUUGAUCCUUAGCAUUAGGAUCAGAACUUUACUUGUAAUUCUUUAAUAUUGUCAGGCUGCAUCAGUCUAGUAAGCCUUUAGUUGGGAAGGGCAACAUCCUUCUUUGGUUUAGUGUGCCAAACCUUUCACCAUAAAAUAUAAGAUGUGACAUUUGCAAUUGGUUAAGGCUGCCAGCAUGAGACCUGGAAUAGUGCUUUGCACCAUUGCACACUUAAAGCCCGAUGUUUUUUACCCGACAGCCUUCUGCUUUGUGCCACAUAAGCAAGCAAUUAGAGCAGGCAUUUUUGAAAACUGAUUGAUUGCUAAAAUGAAACAGACAAUGAAAUAUAGUUUUGAUAAUAGAAGAAACAGCAAUUACUUGGCUGAGACUAAAGGUUUCAGAGUUGAGCCCAGUGAUGUCCAUUGAUACCACAAAAUGCUUUCUCAGAAGUGAAAGAGCAUACAGUUUGGAAUUUAAAGCUGCUAGGAUAACAAAAUGACAAAACCUACAUUUAAAGAGAGUUAUAGUUUUUCUUUAUUUGAAAUCAAACUACUUCAAGUACAAAUAGUUGGAAUGCUCACAGGCAUGACUGCUUACACAUACUGUAUGUACGCUUCAGUAUUUUUACAAUGUUACAAUAUUGGCAGCUAAUUAACAAAAACUUAUUUGAAGAGUGUGCAUAUAGUUUUUUUUGCAAAUGUAUCAAAAUUUAAAUCAUCUUAUUUUGCUUAACUCAACUUGUCUCUUUAAAUGAGGCCUGAUAUCAUGGUACAAAAAACUUUGUGGGUUGUAAAAGAGGUUGAAAGUAGUGCAGAGAGCCAGACUUACAAAAGCAGCUUGGCAUACUUUAAAGCACCUUCCUGGACUGAAGAAAAACAUUUGCUGUGUGAGUUGAUCAAAGUAUAAAUUGAGCUGGUUUGCUUUACCUGUUUUUCCUUUGGACACUGAAGUAUACAACACAUUUUUUUCUUAUCAAAUGGAGGGUCAAUCAUUUGUACUUUGUACCUUAUAAAUCCAAGGCAGUGUGAGAUUUCACAAUACUUAGAAUACAAAUCGAUAAAGUACAGCACUUUUAAGGUACAGUAGAGAUGACUUUAAGAACUAAGGCUCAAAACAUGGAAAUUCAGCAGUCACAAUUAGCAAGAAAACCUCUGUUGAAUGUAAAACAGAUGGUUUUUCAUACACAUUCUUCUUUUCUUAUGUUAUUUUUGCCAGUGAAGCACUACCUUUACAACAAAGAAUUAUGCAUUGAAAAUGUGGAAUUUAGGAAUUUGGUAACAAAGCGACCAAUAACUAAGGCAACUGCUCAUCACUGCCCCUCUGGCCCUUAUGUUUUAUGUACAGCUUCAGACUAAGUGAGUAAAGAUCCUUAGAUGUCUGUUGAAACAAUGUGAAACUACGCCAUGCACCUCCAAAGCAUUUUAUUUCCAAAAAACUUAUUAACAAAUACAACAGUAAAGUGCAAACUACUGUUGGUGGAGAUAGCUGUCCUACUUAACAAGUAACUUGCGUUCACUUUGCCUUUGUACUUGGCUGUCUUAUUUUCCUCACAACUUUGAUAACAGGAGGAAUCUGCAGACUCCACACAGAUACCAACUGCGCUAGCAAUUAAACCAAGGCACACAGAGCAGUGCUGAUCAUUCUACUUCCAUCCUGCACAUUGUACAUUGUUUGAUAGUGCUUUAUUAAAAGAUACUAUGAAACUGUAUUUUAUGAAUUUUAAUGCCAGGAGUUGUGGAAGUUGGAUUCAUCAUAGGUUAGGAUGCUAGUGUGAGGGGUGCCCAAGAAAGGUAUUGGUUAACAUGAAUGAUAACAAUCGUAGUCUUUUAAUUUGGUGCUAAAUAAGGACCAAGAGUUGCACAUGAACUUAAGACAGUAAACCUGUGAAGGCACCUUAAUAUCAUACUGCAUUUUUAACUUAUGUGAAAUUGAUAGUCAAAAUGUUUGCCACAAGCACACACUUUGACCAGAACAUUGCCUGUGUUUCUUUAUUUAAAUUCCUUUUUUGACAGCUUCUUUUCUUUUUUAGAAAGCUUUUAAAGAAGCACAGAAUCACCUUCAGCCUUUAUCAAUCACAUUGUGGUUAUAAAAUUGGAUAUUCAAUCUGAACCUUUGUGAUAAAUACACUUGCAGUAGUUUAGUGUGGUUAUAUGGUUUCCUGGCCAUGUGUGUGCAUUUAGUAAAUCUGGCCCGAGUGAUUUGACAGCCAACAAAUUGUACAACCAUUUAACAGCGAGGCAUCUUGAUGUAGCCAGUUCAUUUCUGUCAGGUAUCGGUGGAUCUGGGUAAUCAAGUUAUAGUGUAAUGCACUGGAUAUGUAAAAGCUGUGAAGUGAUAGGUAAUUAAUGUUGUCUUGGCCUUACCAUUCCUUUUUACUUGGAAGUGAAAUAAAACUUGACCAUCAUCUGGUACGUUAGAUACCGUCACGUGGUACUUGGAGUUUUAAAGCUAACACACUACGGUAACUGGUACCUCUCUUUUGUUUUUGUGUGAUAUGUUUUUUUUUUAAUGUUUUUCUUUUAUUUUUGAAUAUAUGUGAUUUUAUUUAAAUAAGCAUUACUUUUAAUUUGUGUUAAAAUGUCAUUCUUAUAACAAAGACUCCAUACUACUGAUGCUUUACAAGAGUAUUUUAAAUACUACAGUACCAUAGAGUGCUGAAAAAAGUUUGGAAAAAAAAGUUCUCUAUGGAAAUUAGUUCUAGGGCUCUGAGAGCCAUGAAAUUUGAAAUGGUUUCGGCAAAUCUUUGCUGGAAUGUCUGAUAAUGUUUAUAUUCAAUGACGAGACCUAGAAAGUGAAUAUCUCCUCCAGUAUCAAGAACCUGCUUACUGGGGUCUGGGAUCCAGCAACACAUUAUAGUGACAGCACUUAUAACCCAAAAGAUUAAGAAUUUGUUUGUUAUUCCUAAGGAAAAAGAAGCAGUUUUAAUUAAAUAUUUGGGCGACUGUUCAUCUUUUAAAGGCUAUAAAUAUUGAAGCCUGAAUAGAAGUAAACAAACACCCCAGGAGUUUUGUUGAUCACGCCUGUCACCACCAAGCAGAUAUCCCAUGUAUCUGUUUAAGUUACUUUUCGGUUUUCAUGUCUACUCUGACUGCUCUUCAGCCUUACUUUCGGAUUUGAUUCUGCUUUGCUCGUGCCAGUUUUCAUUAAACAAUGUUUUUCUGCCUUUUCAGCUCUCUUUUAAAAAUAUAACUUAGAAGUGUUUACACAUCUAACAAGCUUCUAAAAGGCAAGCAGCUGACCAAGUCCACGUUGGUCUAUAGUAAUGUAUUAUUGAGUCAGCCAGAACACUGCUGGGAAUUUUGCACACUGACAAGACAAGACUCUGUUUGGUGGCCACGGAGUGAUUCACUGAAACCCAGGGCUUAACGGUGCAUCAGUUUAUGCUUUGUAAUUACUUUUUUAUAUAAUUAUAUA